CGGGCCACUCCAGCCGAUCUUCCAGUCGCGGCCCAGUCGAGUCUCCGAUGCCAUGUGAAGCAGAACGUACGUUCAGUCGCGGCGUGUCGUUCAUCCAUCGUGUCGACUCUACUCCAGUGUGCAGAAGCUGACAUGAAGCCGUGAACUCUACAGAAGGGAAGUAACGCAUCUGUGAUUGUGUUGUAACAACCAUAAAACAUGGCACCGAACUGUGGAAAAAAUGAGCCGACCGCUACGGACAUAUUCGACGAGAUGAGUCCUGUGUUGUUAAUGGGAGCACCUCCCAAGUUAACCAAGAGGCAGUGGCUGACUAUGGCUGCAAUUGGGAGUGUUCACUUCUCCAGUGCCAUUUGUAUCUCCUUGCAAGCUCCCUUUUACCCCUAUGAAGCUGAAUUAAAACAAGCUACUGCCACUGAAUACGGACUUGUCUUAGGUAGUUUCGAACUUGUGGCUUUCCUUAGCAGCCCUAUUAUAGGAAAACAUAUUGACACAGUAGGAAUAAGAACUUUGCUUAACAUUGGUAUGGUGAUAGCAGCAAUAUCAGCUAUUUUGUUUGGGAUGCUGGAUUAUGUGAUGGAUCACAACUGGUUUAUCUCGUUAUCAUUUCUGCUGCGAAUAACUGAAUCUCUAGGCUCAACUGCAGCUCUUGUUGCUGCAUUUUCGAUAACUGCUGCGGUUUUCCCUCAGUCUAUCGGCACUACUUUUGCAACACUAGAGGUGUUUUAUGGAGUUGGGUACAUUGUUGGACCUACAAUUGGUGGAAUUUUUUUUGCACUAGGAGGCUUCAAGUUACCUUUCUUUGUCAACGGCUUGGCCAUGCUACUGUUUGCAUUGUUCAUCGCUUACAUUCUGCCACCCUUACAUCUUGACAAUCGGCCAAAAUCUGGAGCUGGAGUACUGGAUUUUCUCAAGGUGCCAGGAGUGUUACUGAACUCAGCAGCAGUGGUUGCCACGACAAUAAGCAUGGGUUACUAUUCAGCAACAUUGGAACCUCAUCUCAGAGUGUUUAAACUGUCACCGAUAGCAAUGGGCCUCAUGUUUGUUCUGAGUGGAGGAAUGUAUGCUUGUGUGGCUCCGAUAGUUGGUCGCAUGUGUGACCGCUGGGCCUAUCCCAAACGAGUAAUAUCUGUAGGCUGUUUACUCAUAGUUCUCAGCUUCAUCAUUGUUGGACCUGCUCCGUUUGUUCCGCUUCCUACGACUCUGCCGCUUUGUGUCAUUGGCUUGCUGAUCCAUGGAAUGGGUCUAGCUGCUAUGAUGGUGCCCACAUUUAUGGAUUCAAUUUCCUGUGCAGUGAAAGCUGGGUUCAAUGAUGACAUAGGAACUUAUGGUAUGCUUUCUGGACUUUGGUCAGCCUCAUUCUCCCUUGGUGCAUUCAUUGGGCCUUCCGUUGCUGGAGUACUCUAUGAUUCUGUCGGCUUCAGGAAUGGAACACUUUUUGUUAUGUCUAUUCAUUCUAUUCUAUUUAUUGUGUGCAACAUUUUCAUCUCAUUCGAGAAAAAAAGGAGUUUGCCUACGAAUCGCAUCCGGUUGCUGAGCGAUAGGCCGGAGACUGAAGAUGAUUCGUCAGAAUAUGAGUUCCCCACAAUCGCUAAGAACUCAGGCAUUUCCAACAACAUGCUCGUCAGUUGGGACAAGAAAGGAAACAUAGUCCCGGCUUUGGUCCACAAUGGAAUUUCUAACGGAAAACAUAAUGGAUAUGGCACUAUUUUUAAAUCCAUUGAAGUCUUAUAGUAAAAAUGAAAGUUUAUUGACUUUUAAUGUUAUUUUCAAUCUGUGAUCUUCCAUUAAGGAAUUUGAUCUACCACAAAAGGUGCUACCUUAACAUCUUAUGUGGUUAGUAAGAACCUUGGACCUUGGUAUGUAAACCACUUUUACAUAGGUGCUGUUUAACAAGAACGUAAUAAGGUUAUAUCUCCAUUAAAUUUCUCUUUCAGUUUGUUAUUUAGAUGUUUUUAUCAUUUUCACUUCAUAAAAGACAUGUGUUCAAGACUUGUGAUAUUUGUAUAUAUAGAGUAAGAACAUGCUUUAGAUAAGUAAUUUUUCAUGUUAAAUCUUGUAUAACAAAUUUUAAUAUUGUUUGUAUUAUGUUCCACAUACUGUUUUAUUGCUCUUAACAAUGUUUAAAUUUGUACUUUUGUGAAGAGUAUAGUACUUUGCGCAAGUGAGUACCGUUUAUGUUUUGUUUUCUGUUUAUUUGUUUAUUUUAUGUGUUAUUAGUUUCUAGUAUUUUUUUACAAAUGUUAUUUCAUUACAACAUUAAAGUCAUUUUAAGAAGACAAUUUCAACUUAGAAGAGUUCUAGGAAGAUGUAUAAACUCUCUUUAGGAAGAUGUAUAAACUCUCUCUAUAUUUAUAUCUUACAUUAUAUUUUAUUGUGAAACUUGACAAAACUACUGUACUUAAUAUUCAUGUAAUAAAAAUUUUUGACUUUGACUUUAAAGUUUAAAUUUUUGUGAAAUAUGUUUACAUUUAUAACUAACAAUUUAAAUUUGAUUUAAAGAAUCUAUUGUUGCAUUUCU